AUGUGUACAGAAAAUACAUAUUCUAAACAUUACUUAAAUCGCCGAACAAAUGUUGAAGCUGAAGUGUACAAACUUGUUUUAUUUCCAUCAGACAAUUCAAUUGCAGUUGUUAAAGCAAAACAAUGUUCUCCAGCGGAGCAUGAUGGUUUUUUUUUUGUACAAAGUGGAAAAAAGAAAUUCAUGGGAGUCAUACUUGAAGAAGAACAAAAUUCUAAUAUUCAACGGCAUACAGCAUCUACGAUAACAGUGUCUGCUAAACAUUCAGAUCAUGCUAAUACUGUUCAACCAUCAAUUGUGAACAAUAAUGAUGAUUUUCCAGCUGUACUGCCGCCGACAACAACAACAUUAGGUGAAUAUCCUACAUCAACACCUCACAUCGUACAUAAAUCGAAUAAAAAACAUGAUAAGUGUUCCAAGCACAAAAGACGUAAACAAUCUCAACAUGAAACAUCAAUCACGUCAUUUGAACCAUUUGAACCAUUUGACAAUACAGACAGUGAGCCCAACGACAAUGAAGACGAAUCAUCUGCUAAUGGUCGACAUCACGUUGAUACCAACCAAUUAUCAAGAGAUGAAACACCUACGUUUGUUGGUCGUCCAGUAAUAAAAAAUAAUAAGAAAUCCAAAAAUACAUCAGCUAAAUUCUCAUCUUCUGCUAAUCAACAACUAAUGGUUUGCAUGAAUAAACUUGAGUCUCAAUAUUUAAGACCUCUUCUUGUCGGACAAGAACGAAUCGAAUCAAUGGCGAAAGGUUUAUUUGCUAAUCAAAAGAAAAUUCAAAACAUCUUACGAAAACAAAAGGUAAACAUUUCAUUACUAGAUGUAGAUGAAAAUGAAGAAUCAAUCGACCAUCCAAGUUUUGUAACUUCUUUGGAAUACAAAUUUGCUGAUGAUACUGUUAUUGAUUUAAUUCAACAAAAUGGUACUAAAGAACAUGCUAAUCGUUAUGUUACAUCUUUGAUGGACCUACUUUAUAAAUCUGAAGAAAUAUGCUCUAUGGAAACAAAAGAUUUUCCAAAAGAUGAAAGAUAUAUCUUGUUAAAAGAAGCUGUUCGAAAUAAAUUUCGACUAACGAAAGAAGAACUUGAAACGAUGUGGGUUUGGCUUCAUAAUGUUAUAUUGGCUAAACGUCGAACUAUCAAUGGAAAAAGAAAGAGAAAUGAAUUGAUUACUCAACAUAACAAUGGUUAA